GGGGGAUUUAAGCCUAAAAGGUUAGGGAGAAACCAAGGCAGGCCUGACGCCUUAAUUAUUUUCCUUGCACCUGAAGUUGUGUUUGGUUUCUGAUGCGUGGUGUUGCUGGGCCCCAGGAUGUACGGGGGAUUGUCCUGGGCCUAGCAUAGUGCCUGGCACAAUGGGCACUCAGUCAGUACUUGCUUGAUGAAUAAUGACACCGGUAAUUAUCAUUCAUUAUGGACUCACUGUGAGGCAAGGCCAGUGGGCCUCUGCUGGGUUGAAAUUGGUUUUCCAGCAGAGAAGGGGGCCUGAGUAGCUCCUAGGAGCCCUGCCUGAUCUGUUUGGGCCAGUGGCCCAGGCACUGUGUGUUCCACUGUGUCCCGUGGGCUGGCCUUGGGAGACUGGAGCUCGUCAUUGGCCUCUGCCCCUCUAAGAGGGCAGCAGGAAAAGCUUCAUUUCUGUAUCUGGCUAAGAUGGGGUUGAUGUGGGUUUUGGUAGAUGGCAGGCUGUUUGGCAGAUUCUGUGGGGUCUCAAUUGAAGAAUAACUUUAGAUCUGCAGCAGAGAGAGGGGUUGGUUCCAUCAACCCUCCCAUCUCCUGGCUGCAGGGGAAGAGGGGUGGGUAAGUGGAGAAAGAGAUGGGCCGUGCUGCUGGGCAUGUGCUGGGGGUAGGAGGAACAUGGGAACAUGUAGAAUUUGGGGGCAGCCGUUUUUCUUCCUGGUUCCUGAUGGCCUGGCUGGAGAUGGGUCUCAUGAAGGAUCUAGGAGCUGUGUUCUGCCGCAGUGGCUUGGCUCUGUGGUGGCAGCAGGUAGAGCGGUGGUCACAGUCCCUGUACUGAGUAUUGCUGUAGGUUCUCCUGUGCCAGCUUGCAUGAGUUUCCCAGAGGAGCAGAAACAUUCGUGUUCCUGGAACUGGAUUGCCAGUAGUCUUGGGAUUGAGAGUACACAAAGAUGUGGGGGUGGCCUGGGCAUGUCAUCCAAAAGAAAUGUGUCAUUCCCCACCCCUGCCCCCUCGUGAAGAGCUCUGACUAGGUUCAGUGUGCAUUUCAAACUUCUAAAUGCUGAAAUUAGCAAGGCAUGUGGGCGGCACCAAGGACUGGCCUCAGAUGAAAGAGGAGGUGAUCUGGGCUUGGGCACCCCCAAUUUCAGGUGGAACCCUGCAGCCAGUUCCUUCCCUAUAUCACGUUUCCGCCUUCAUUAUGCCCUCUGUGAAUCGAGAGUUCUGUAUACAUUUUCUAAUUAAAUCAUUAUAUCCCUAUGAGGUUAGCAUUUCAUCUCCAUUUUGCAGAUUAGGAAACUGAGGACCAGAAAAGUUAAGUAACUUUUUCAAUGUCACACAGGUAGUGAGAGACAAAGCCAGUGUUUGUGUAUUUGGUUUUUUUUAACUUUAUGUUAGGUUCAGAGGUACAUAUACAGGUUUGUUACAUAGGUAAAUUGUAUGCCAUGGGGGUUUGGUGUACAGAUUAUUUCAUCAUCCAGGUAGUAAGCAUAGUACCCAAUAGAGUUGUUGGGUUUGUUUUGAGACAGGGUCUCUAUUGCUCAGGCAGGAGUGCAGUGGCAUGAUCACUGCCACUCACCAUAGCCUCGACCUCCUGGACUCAGGUGAUCCUCCUGCCCCAGCCUCCCAAGUAGCUGGCACCACCAUGCCUGACUAAUUUUUUUGUAUUUUUUGUAUUUUUGUAGAGACAGGCAACAUGUAGACAUGUUGCCCAGGCUGGUCUCAAACUCUGGAGCUCUAGCGAUCUGCCUGCCUCCGCCUCCCAAAGUGCUGGGAUUACAGGUCUGACACACCGCACAGGCCCAAGAUAGGUGGUUUUUGAUCCUCACCCUCCCCACUGUCUCCACCCUCAAGUAGGCCCUGGUGUCUGUUGUUCCCUUCUUUGUGUUCAGAUGUACUCAAUGUUUAGCUCCCACUUCUAAGUGAGAACAUGCGGCAUUUGAUUUUCUGUUCCUGUGUUAGUUUGCUUAGGAUAAUAGCCUCUAACUCCAUCCAUGUUGCUGCAAAGGACAUGAUGUCAUUCUCUUUUAUGGCUACAUAGUAUUUCAUGGUAUAUAUGUACCACAUUUCUUUAUCUGGUCUACCGUUGAUGGGCAUUUAGGUUGAUUUCAUGUUUUUGCUAUUGUGACUAGUGCUAUGAUAAACAUACGUGUGCAUGUAUCUUUAUGGUAGAACAAUUUAUAUUAUUUUGGGUAUGUACACAAUAAUGGGAUUGCUUGGUAGAAUGGUAAUCCUACUUUGAGUUCUUUGAGAAAUCUCCAAACUGCUUUCCACAAUGGCUGAAUUAAUUUACAUACCCACCAGCAGUGUAUAAGCACUCUGUUUUUUGUUUUUUGUUUUUUGUGGGGGUGUGGGAUGGAGUCUUGCUCUGUCACCAGGCUGGAGUACAGUGGCGCGAUCUUGGCUCACUGCAACUUCCACCUCCCAGGUUCAAGCGAUUCCCCGCCUCAGACUCCUGAUAGGCGUGCACCACCAUGCGCGGCUAAUUUUUUUUUUUUUUUUUUUUUUUUUUUUUUUUGUAUUUUAGUAGAGACGAGGUUUCACCAUGUUGGCCAGAAUGGUCUGGAUCUCCUGACCUCGUGAUCUGCUCACCUCAGCCCCGCAAAAUGCUGGGAUUACAGGCAUGAGCCGCCUCGCUCGGCCAGCACUCCCUUUUCUCCACAACCUGGCCAGCAUCUGUUAAUGUGUGACUUUUUAAUAAUAGCUAUUCUGACUGGUAUGAGAUGGUAUCUCAUUGUGGUUUUGAUUUGCAUUUUUCUAAUGAUUAGUGAUGUUGACCAUUUUUUCACAUGUUUGUUGGACACAUGUAUGUCUUCUUUUGAAAAGUAUCUGUUUGUGUCCUUUGUCCACUUUUUAAUGGGGUUGUUUUUUGCUUGUUAACUUGUUCAAGUUCCUUAUAGAUUCUGGAUAUUAGACUUUUGUCGGAUGCAUAGUUUGCAAAUAUUUUCUCCUGUUCUGUAGGUUGUCUGUUUACUCUGUUGAUAGUUUCUUUUGCUGUGCAGAAGCUCUUUAGUUUAAUUAGGUCCCAUUUGUCAAUUUUUGUUUUUGCUGCAAUUACAAAGCCAGUAUUUGAACCUAGAUUGUCUAACUCCAGAACCCACCCUGUCUCCACCAUGCCAGGCUGUCUGCAAGGUCCUUAUUGGUUCUCCAUGGCAACAGGGAAACAGCCCUGAUGCUUCUUACUAACGUGGUCCCAGGGCCUCUGCUUGCAUUCUUCUUUUUCCACACACUCUGCCGAGCCUGGAUUAUACCUUAGGCUGUGGGAAUCAAAGGCUGGGUGGUACCAGGCUGCUGGAGUCUUCUGUGUGGCUCUGGAGUCAGAAAACUGUGGAGAUUUUGGGGGGACACACAGGGAGAUGUUGCAGUAAUUCCAGUGAGACAUGACUCACUGCUUAUCUGAGAAGUUGGGACAAAGCUGCCACUUGUGACCAUACCGUGAAUAGGGAAGAAAUUGCCGGGUAGACCAAACAUCCUUAAAUGGGUUACUAUAUUUUUUUCCCCUUUUUGGUCCUCUACAGGGUAAUCUAUUACCUGGGGAAAUCAGCCUUCACCUGACACCUCCUAUUGUCAUUUACCUGGUGAACAUAAGGGGCCAUGUCACAGCUGUCCUUCCCACCCCCGCCACGUGCUCUGGAGAGCUGGACUCCUCAGCAGCACCUGGUCCACAGGAGAGAAGAAUGGGGCAGAGCCGGGGCAGCCAGGGGAGGUGAUAACCACACGCUCAUCUGGUCCCCAGCUCUUGCUUUUACACCCACGCCCCACAGGGAGACAGCAAUUAUCUGUUGGCCCCACUUUACAGAUGAGGACAUGAGGCUCAGAGAGGUGCAGUGGAUGCCCAAGGUCAUGAAGCCAGGGAUCUGCAAAGGCCUGGGACAGCCACGUUCAGUCGGGGUGGUAUUUUCUAUCCCCGCCCCCAAGGGCUGAGAGUGGUUAUCUCUGCUGGGGCAGGGUCCUCACUGCUCCACCCACCCUCAUCUCUGCCCUGAGAGCCCCCAAUACAGGUGUCCAUAGAACGGGAAAGGCUGGCACCCUUCAAAGGACGCAAAGAGCAUUGGAUGAGCACUGCCCAGCUGGUCCCUGCCCACCUUCCACAGGAAGCCCACCUGGGUGAGUUCUUAGAGCCUUCCUAGUGCUGAGCUGCAAAGAAACUGGAGCCCUCUCCCCCUCCACUGCAGAGGGGACACACUGACCAGGACGGAAGUUGGGGGACUGGGUGUGGGGAGAAGCCACCCCACUGCAGGGGCCGGGGCUGUCCAUCUUUGUACCCCUGGUUCCAUCCCAGUGCCUGAGGCAUGGGAAGUUCUUGGAAAUGUAGUCAGAUGCUGGGUGAAGCCCCAGGAGGGGCCGUGAAUGCUUCUGCUGGGAAUUCCUAGAGCGGCGGCACAGAGAGGGUCUUUGCUGCGAAGGAACACUCAGAGAGUCUCUGGCUUUCGUGAGGUCAUGCCUCAGGAGAGGAGACACUUCUCCUUUUCAUUCGUUAAACAGAAAUGAUAUUUGCCACCUUUUCUUCUCUAAGGCCUAAAGAGAUGACAGAAUGCUGCUGGUCCUACCCUGAGCACGUGGACUCCACAGCGGGGUGUGGGGUGGCCCCUGGCAGGCCUGGACGGUUUGUUCUGUGCUUGCCGGUGGACACGCUUCAGCCCUCUGUCUCUAUUGCCCCAAAUCUGGCCUGUGGCUACUGGGCCGCCACCAGCUUGGAGGGCAGGUUGGGCCGCGGGAGCCCCUGACCACCAGUGACUUCUUGUCUCCAGCUGCCCUCCUUCCUCUUGAUCCCCCCUCACUCCCCGCCACCUCCUCACAAAGAUGGCUGUGUGCUGAGGGACUGUGGCUUCCCUGGGCCCUGGGAAAUUUAUCACUGAGGUUUCAGAGGACUCUAUGAAAAGGAUUUGGAGAAAAAGUGUGGAAAAUAAACAAGCCAGUUCCCAGUUCAGCCUCUCCUGAAUGCCGCAAGUAAACAACCACCUCGGAGGCCAGCCCGGGAUGUUCUUAUUUGGCCUCUGUGGUUACACCUGCCCCCUCCCCGCCCAGUCCCUCCUCCUUAACUUUAAGAGCCUCAAAAGUCAGGGAACACACCCUCCGCUGGCCAGUCCUUGUGCUGCAGGGACGCUGGUGGCUGGGCACAGGAGGAACAUGUAUAUGGGAGAGAAGACGGCUGGGGGUCCCAGCUCAGCCCUGCUCCCUCUGAGUCAGUCCCAAGCCUGGACCCUCCCCAGCAGGCAGACGGUGACGUCUUGGUUGGUUGGACAAGGGUGUCCCCCACCUGAAGACGGCAAGCUGGGUCCUGAGUGAUGCCCCUCAGCUGAGUGUCCAAGGCCGGCCCAAGGAGCCCCCACGGCCCCACCUUUCCCCAUGGAGAAAGGACUCACUUUGCCCCAGGACUGCCGGGACUUUGUGCACAGCCUGAAGAUGAGAAGCAAAUACGCCCUUUUCUUGGUUUUUGUGGUGAUAGUUUUUGUCUUCAUCGAAAAGGAAAAUAAAAUCAUAUCAAGGGUCUCAGACAAGCUGAAGCAGAUUCCCCAAGCUCUAGCAGAUGCCAACAGCACCGACCCAGCCCUGAUCUUAGCUGAGAACGCAUCUCUCUUGUCCCUGAGCGAGCUUGAUUCAGCCUUCUCCCAGCUUCAGAGCCGUCUCCGCAACCUCAGCUUGCAGCUGGGCGUGGAGCCAGCCAUGGAGGCCGCAGGGGAGGAAGAGGAAGAGCAGAGAAAGGAGGAGGAGCCGCCCAGACCGGCCGUGGCGGGGCCCCGGCGCCACGUGCUGCUCAUGGCCACCACGCGCACCGGCUCCUCGUUCGUGGGCGAGUUCUUCAACCAGCAGGGCAACAUCUUCUACCUCUUCGAGCCGCUGUGGCACAUCGAGCGCACAGUGUCCUUCGAGCCCGGGGGCGCCAACGCCGCGGGCUCGGCCCUGGUGUACCGCGACGUGCUCAAGCAGCUCUUCCUGUGCGACCUGUACGUGCUGGAGCACUUCAUCACGCCGCUGCCCGAGGACCACCUGACUCAGUUCAUGUUCCGCCGGGGCUCCAGCCGCUCCCUGUGCGAGGACCCCGUCUGUACGCCCUUCGUCAAGAAGGUCUUCGAGAAGUACCACUGCAAGAACCGCCGCUGCGGCCCCCUCAACGUGACGCUGGCCGCAGAGGCCUGCCGCCGCAAGGAGCACAUGGCCCUCAAGGCCGUGCGCAUCCGGCAGCUGGAGUUCCUGCAGCCGCUGGCCGAGGACCCCCGCCUGGACCUGCGCGUCAUCCAGCUGGUGCGCGACCCCCGGGCCGUGCUGGCCUCGCGCAUGGUGGCCUUCGCCGGCAAGUAUAAGACCUGGAAGAAGUGGCUGGACGACGAGGGCCAGGACGGCCUGAGGGAAGAGGAGGUGCAGCGGCUGCGGGGCAACUGCGAGAGCAUCCGCCUGUCCGCGGAGCUGGGGCUGCGGCAGCCCGCCUGGCUGCGGGGCCGCUACAUGCUGGUGCGCUACGAGGACGUGGCACGCGGGCCUCUGCAGAAGGCCCGCGAGAUGUACCGCUUCGCCGGCAUCCCCCUGACCCCGCAGGUGGAAGACUGGAUCCAAAAGAACACGCAGGCGGCCCACGACGGCAGCGGCAUCUACUCCACGCAGAAGAACUCCUCGGAGCAGUUCGAGAAGUGGCGCUUCAGCAUGCCCUUCAAGCUGGCCCAGGUGGUGCAGGCCGCCUGCGGCCCUGCCAUGCGCCUCUUCGGCUACAAACUGGCGCGGGACGCCGCCGCCCUCACCAACCGCUCAGUCAGCCUGCUGGAGGAGAGGGGCACCUUCUGGGUCACGUAGGGGGGCCGGGGCCCCGUAUGCCCCUCCUCGUGAAAGGCCUGCCCCGUCUUUCUGCCGCAGCCCUCGCAGAGGGCGGGUGCACAGCGCCAUGAGCGGGCAGCGCCUCCUGUAGCAGUAGGGCCCCCAGCCAGCGCUCCAGCCAAAGCGGCGGCCCCAGGGUUAAUUGCGGAGAACAGGACAGUGCCCGGUCCCCUUGAGGGCCAUCACACCCAGACCCAACGGGUUGCAGCCUCCUGAGCAGGCCUAGGCAGGCCCGGGCCUGUUGGCAAGCUUCGAUCUCACACACACAGAAACAUACAUUCGUGCCUGGAGACCCUGCAGGCCAGAGUCCAAAUAUUUAACAAUCAGAAGGGGCAAGGCUCUGACCAGUGACAGUCAGACCUCCUGCUUUAUUUGGUGUUAACCGUUUCUUGUCUGGAUGGUGAAGUCUGGAAUCUGGGUGGGUCCUUGGAGGAGGGGCUAGGACAGCCGUGGGUGUCAAAGGUGGCAUUUGAGGCUCGUUUGAGGUGACGGUGGCUGUUUACCAACUAGUAUAGAGCGAUUCAGCGUUUUCAUGAAUGGGUUGGCUGUGCUGGUUACUGAUGAAUCUGGGCCCCAUAUAGAGCUGCAAAACACACACAUGUGUAUAGACAUACAUACAUGUACACCAUACAUAGACAAGCAUCAUAAAGGCACAAGUGCACACACAUCUAUGCAGACAAGCUUCCUCGCUGCUUAUGCCCACAGGGUUUUUCUGUAUGACACACCUCAGAGGAGCCUGUGAUUAACAUUUGUAGGAUUAUUUCGAGGGCAGGGCAGGGGAAGGAAACGCGUUAAAGGGCCAUGACAUGACACGGUUCCCUGGCCGGGUUUGGACUGAACAGUGGAUUCAGAACUGCAGCGUUCAAAGCCCCUGCCCGCCUUAGAUUCUCGUGGCUACCUCCUCUGACCCAUCCACAUCCUUGCGGCUGGCAGGCAGGAUGUUUUGAAAUGGUGCAGCCAAAGGCCCCGUCUAGCUUGGCUGGCUCCGGAACAUGUCCAUAUUUGAAGGCUGCCUCAGGCCUGGCAGGCGGAAGCAGCUGUGGUCCCUGGAGGCAAAAGGCAGCUCACGGGGCCUUCCAUUUCCAGCCAGGCCUCAUCUGGGGUAGGGCCAAGAGGAAAGUACAGAGUGCCCGUGGGGGAGAAGUCCCACCAGGAUGCCGCCCCUCCCCUGAGAAGCCCGCCUUCUCCCUCGUGGACAGGAGUCAGCCAGUUGGUUGCUGUGGUUACAGCCAGUGCCUGGAAUUCCUCCUUAGGGCUCUGGGAAGAGUGUUGCUUAACGCAGGAUGUGCUGGGUGUUUUAUUUGGGGCUUUUAUUUAUGGCUUGGUGUCUUUCUUGUUUCGUGGCUGUGUUUUUGCUUUUGUUUCUGUAGGAGCGCCUCUUCCAAGCAGUGGAGGCCUGAGGGCUUGAGGGAGGCUGGGGAAAACCAGCAGGGAGCACUUGGCUCCUGGCAGAGGGAGAGGACAGGAGGAGGAGCCUUCCCCAGGAGGAACGAGGAGAGGUGGCCACGUGGCAGGCCACAGUGCCCUAUGGGCUUUUCUGUUUGAACCCCAUGUGGGAUGAAUCUCAAAGCCACCAGUGUUCUUGCCUAGUGUCCAGAGCAGCAGAGAUUUGCAGCCCUCGCCCCUCCCUGAGAAGAAGCUGGAUUUGAAAAUCCCUCACAGGCCCUAACAUGUUUCCUGGGUGGGCAGGGGCCUCAUGACAAGCGACAAGUGUACCCAGAGUAGAAGGCCUUACCCACUCCCACCUCAAACCCAGGAGCAGAACUCAGUAUCCAGAGCUUACAGGGAGCUGCAAGGGUUUGCCGAGGGCUGCCCAGCUCUGUUUCUGGUUUCCUGGACAAUUUCUCUGUCAGAUACGGCCCACUGUAAACCCAGAGGGCUGCAUUUUGGGUUGAGUAAUAUGGACACCAUGGAAGUACAGGUUCUGAGUCCAACAUUGCCAUGGGGGAGGGAAGAGUGUGUCCUGGCAGGAAGCCACCAUUGGAGAAGGUGAGGCCAGUUACCAUCUCAUGGGAUUCGCUAUAAUCAGCCUAUUUGAGUUGCUAGGUCUCUGUCACUGUGGACUCCAGUCAUUCAAGGAGGUCUCCACUCUUGGGUUUUUUUUAUUUUCUUUUCUUUUGCUAUUUUGCCUGAACACCCCAACACUCUUGGUUUUAGAGUCCAAGAGUAAGUUGUGCAGAGACAUGGUUCUAAUUUGGAGUUCAAAGGAACACCAGCUCUGAAAACAUGACCGUGGGGCCAGGAUGUUUCUGGCAGGCCCAGAAGUGCUGGCCGUUCUUCCCCAGCCUCCCCACUGCUCCCUCCUCUGUUCCCCAUGUGGAGGUGGGGGGGGCUGGGACUGGGGAGGGGGCAGCCACCUCCAUCCAAGGCUCUUCCUAGGGGCCCUGCUGAUGUGGACAGCAGACUUUAUCCCUCCUUCUUACUCUGGGCCAAGACCUCCCACUCCGCCCUCUGAGGAUGGUACCAAGAAUGGGCCUUUGGGACUUCUCAGGACAUUGACAGUGUGCACACUGCAGGUUGACUUAAUUUAUUUAUUUUGUGAAAAGAAGAGACAGAAAAUACCUUAUUAUCUGCAGGGACUCAAAGCUGUACCCAAAUCAAGAAAGACAAAAUAACAAUAGAAACCAUUCACACACUCCGUUCAUGCAUGGACACCAGAAGGCGAUUCAGAACACAAGAGGAGAAUGAGCUGGAGCGCCAGCACCACGAUGGCCCCGGGACGUUGUUUAAGAUCUGAGAUCACUUGGUUUCUCUCUUGUCGAUCUGAGAUGCUACAUCAGGGCCCUUGCUGCUGUAUUACCUCUGCCCGGGUGUUUGAGACAGGUCACAAGUGCGUGGAUGUUUCCUGGAAGUGUAUUCCCCUGGGGCUCAGCGAUGCUCUGGGAACCCUUGGGGUUUGGGGAAGGACAGUGUGGUGUGACUAUUGGCUUGACACGUUGUGGAUAUGGUUGGAGUCACCCACAUGGAUAUGAUUUUCAGCUUGGAGCUGGGAUGGAGAAGAUGGAAGCGCUGGUGGCCGGGCCUCUUUUUCCAGCGAGGCCAGCCCUGGCUUCUCCUCUGUUCCAGCUUGUCUGCCAGAAGCCUUCCCCUGCAAGGUGCCCACCUGCCCGGAGACAGAGGGAGCAGCUGAGGCCUCUCUCCACUGGCCGCCAGCCUCCCUAGCACAAGGGGACCAUUCAGCAAUGAGUGUUUACUCAUGUUCUUUCUUGUUGAUGAGUUCUGCGGCCCAGCAUAUAGAAAUGGCUCAGAACGUUCCAGGCCUUGGUGAGACACGGCAGCGUCCAACGCUCACAGGCUGUCCCCAUUCUGCCUGUUCCCAUCUUCCCCUCGGGACCUGUUUAUAAAUUGAGGAAUGGAUGAGGGCCCUGGAGGGUCCUUGGGAGUAGUUAGUGGAGGGCAGGAUUCUCAGGUCCCCAUAGACAGGGAAAGAGAAGACCAGAUGUGCAUAGAAGCCAGUCUCUGUCACAUACACCGCAGGUGGUCACCGAGUUAUUUUCCAAAAGCUGAGGAACAUAAAGCAAAUUUAGGCUUUUGUCCUUCUGCAAUACAUGCACUUGAAAAUAAGUAAACAGAAAAGAGAUGUUUAAUAACAAGUUUACUUCCAGUCUGCUAGCACCCUCAGCCUGGGAGCUACUGCCAGAGGCUGGCAUAGUGGGGCAGCUGCUGACCAAACCCCACAGAACAGAGGGCACCAGGCAUCACACAACAUCUUUCCCUCCCAUCUCUGCCAUCUGUCUGUCUGGCAAUGGAAGGAGCUUCAGCAGGAGGUCCUUCCCAGAAGGUUGAUUCUUGGCCUGGGUGGUAGAGGAGAUAUUCUGACCCUAAAGUCUUCCAGCCCUGGGUCAUCCUCUCCUAUACUAGGGCCUAUUGACCGUAGAGGCCAGGUGCGGUGGCUCAUACCUGUAAUCCCAGCAUUUGGAGAGGCCAAGGUGGGAGGAUUGCUUGAGCCCAGGAGUUGGAGACCAGCCUGGGCAACAUGGUGAGACCAAUUGACUGUAGGGCUUGUCCCUUGCUAGGACAGGAGCAGAAGACUGGAUGGCUGUGUCCUCAAGGCAGUCCCCUCCCAUCCCCAUUCCCAAAGUCAGAAAGCGAAGCCAGAUCUCAAGGGCUGAUACCUGAGGCAAGGAGAGCUAAGGGGAGAGAAAUUGGGGCUGAGUGGAAGCAGACACCUGCACAAGCCAAGUGUGUCUUAUUGAUCUGUACAAGCUGAUAGAAGGACCAUCUGCUGAAAUCCAGGGCUCCUGAGUUGGUGGGUUUGCUUGUGAAGCUUCUAGGACAAGGCACAGCCAGAUGGAAGGGAGAGGGUCCAGGGCUUCCUAAAUGCAGCCGCAUCACCUCUCAACUCGCUGCAGUUUCAGAGACAGUGGAAGCUGCUCUUUACCUCAAAAGCACAAAGCAGAAUUGGCAACUUCACAUGUCUCAAGAGUUCCAAGAUCCUUUGGUCUCGUGUCCUUUGGCACCCCGUAACUGGACUGGGGACAAAUUUGUUACGUGUUUCCAAGGCUACAGACAUGGUGCCAUCCUCACAGGCCUAGCUCAUGUCAUGGAUCAGGUGCUUUGCUGGGGGGAUACAAUGACCGAUGUGGUCUGCGUCUUCUGCCAUUGGCUUGAACUGGGCACCCCCUGAAGUCUCCAUCUCAGCUGUAUAUUCUAGUCCAAAUUUGCCUGGCUCCCCUGUUCCCUCCCAGGUCCUGCACACUGUCUUUUUGCCAACACCUCAGCCCCGUUUGCUAUUUCAUGUCUGCAUGGUAUGAGACACCCCUUCACGGCACACACUGCCAUGGUAUGUACAUAUGCAUCCACGUGUGUGUAUGUGUAGCAUGUAGCUCAUUCUGCUCAGCCUCUGGCGCUGUUCCACGUUGCUCCCAGCCCCAUUGCUAUCACUGUCAUCCCAGAUGUCCUUGCCGUGGCCACAGACAAUCUGCCGUCUCCUGGAAACGCUGGGGCUGCCCUUCAGAGAGCUGGCAGCCCCAGCAGUCAGGGCCUGCUUUGCAGAAUAGAAUGUGAACCCAACUCCUGAUGGCCUACUUGACUUAUUUAAUUAAAGACGAAAACAUGCAAUGAGCAAAA